AUGUUUGCGUACGAAUUUCAACCUCAGAAGAGGCAGAAAACAUUGUAUGAUUACUUUGGCAGCGACUGCCCACCGGAGUUUCGUCGAAGGGCUAGUACAACGGGCGGUAAGAAAAAGGCCAAGCGCAAACGAUUAGAGGAGAACGACAGCAAGGAAAUUCAAAUGGUAAUCGAUGCCGGCCAGAAAAAUUUUCUGCCGAUACUGUGCGACAGUUGCAAACUCCUGUAUAACCCGAACAAUCCAGACGAUAUGACGGAACAUCAAAAGUUGCAUGUGAGGUUUGAUCAGAAGUUGACUGCGCCGCUGCCUCGCUAUCUGGCGAAGAAACUUCCUGAAGUUGACAGAUACGACGAUGGCUUCAUUUGCAUGUUUGACAACAAAUCGUUCGCGCCUAAAAUGAGAGAAUGGUUGGAUAAUGCGUAUCGCUUGGCAUGCAGCGAGGUCGGUCUUUCUAACGACUCUCCUUUACCUCUGUACAAGCCCAAGCAACAGAUAUAUGUGUUCUGUCAAGAAAUUAAAGGCAUCUCAAUUACUGGAAUUAUGUGUGUCGAACCAGUGCAAAAGGCAUAUUUUCAGCUUGAUGACGGGUCGAUUGAAGAGCGAUCAAGAGAUGUGGUUUUCGGCGUUAGUCUCGUCUGGGUUUGCCCACUUACUCGAAGAAAAAAAGUCGCCACACGUUUGCUUGAUUGCGCCAGAAAUAACUACCUCAGAGGUUUCAGUCUGUCUAAGUCAGAUUUUGCUUUCUCAGAUUUCCUCCCUGACGGCCUAUUGUUUGCCAAAAAUUACUGUGACAACAAAGUCUUAAUUUUCAGUGCUUUCGAACAGUGA